CUGGAAUCAAGCCGAGUGUCUUGGAUUUAAAAAAGAGAUACAGUUCUCCUAUGAUGGUGUUACAGAUUUCUGUCAGAGGGACAAGAAUGAUUCAUUUCAAUGCAAGACUAAACCUGAAAAAAAUGAUGAAUGAAUCUCAUACGCUUAUCAUCUCGUUAUCAGUCAGUACUUUGAUUAUUUUCAUUAACUUUUUUUUUUGCCCGGAAUCUUUCUAUGAAUUUGUCAACGCUGAUUUAAUUGUAUGUGUUUUGUUUUGUUUUUUCUUUGUUUGUAUGCUAAAACUCAAUAUAAAGUGUCCCUGUUCCUUUCUGUACGUAGAGUGACUAUACACACAUUUUACCUGACACUGGUGUUUUGUUUAUACUGUCCGUGUGCUUCUUUGGAAUAACAGCGGUCAUGUAAGAGAAACACACCCACAGGUAAAGGGAGGUGGCGAUCGCCUUAGUAGAUAGAACUCGUUAAGUAAGUUGACGUGAAGUGGUGACAUUCGUUUCAAGACAAGUGUUGACUUCCAGCGAUCGAGUUCGCUUGUUGAAGAUGAGAAUCGACGCGGUGCUUUAACACAACAGUGUCCGCGAGACGAAAUUACAACAAUUUAACGUUUAAUUUUUGUAGUUUGUUUUUUUUAAAGUGGAGUACUAUCUGUACCAAUACAACUUCGGAAUGAGAUGAGGAGGCACUAUGAUAAAUGUUUAGUUUUGUUUCUUAUAGCCGUAUGUAUGCUCGCUUUUUCCUCCUGGAACAUCACGAAACAGGAAAAGGGACAAGAAGUACUUAUAGAGAUGUAUGAGAGGCUGAUGAGAGCUGAGAGACGUGGUGAGGCCUUAACAUACAAACUGCUUCAGGUGUUGGAACACCUGCAGAACUUGAAUACCUCCAUGAACUCUUCGGGUGGGUCCCCACACAUAUGCAUGCAGACCAAAAGACGCUCUGUGUUGCACUUUUUGUCUCCACAGCCCAGUGUUUUCCUGUACCUUCCACACUUGAAGGAGCAGGAAGACAGCCUGAAGCCCAACAUUUACCUCAGCCAGGGACGCAGUGAAGUGUCCUUAGUUUUAGGGAUACCCACAGUGCAAAGACAGAAGGAAAGUUACCUGGUGAAUACAGUGAACUCUCUCCUCUAUGACCUCACGCCUGAACAGAAGAGUGAUAUUAUCAUCAUCAUCUUUGUUGCUGAGACAGACAGUGCCUUUGUGAGAAGUGUGGCUGAGAAAAUUCACAAAAAUUUUCCAGAUGAUGUGACAUCUGGGUUAAUUGAAGUAAUCUCUCCAUCUCCCUACUACUAUCCAAACCUCACUAAUCUGAAGGAAACAUUUGGUGACUCAAAAGAGAGAGUCAAAUGGAGGACCAAGCAAAACCUGGACUACAGUUUCCUUAUGCUCUAUGCCCAACACAAGGGAACAUACUACAUUCAGAUGGAAGAUGAUAUUGUGGCAAAGUCAGGGUACUCUGAAUCUAUAAAGGCGUAUGUCCAAAGGGUGAUCGGAGAGCAAUGGCUUUACCUGGAGUUCUCUCAACUGGGAUUUAUUGGUAAGCUGUUCCGAGCAUCAGAUCUGCCCACUAUUGUAGAAUUUUUCCUGAUGUUCCACAAAGACAAGCCCAUUGACUGGCUGCUGGAUCAUUUCCUCUGGGUCAAAGUGUGUAACCCAGAAAAGGAUGGUAAACACUGUAGUGAUGAGAAAGCCAGACUGAAGCGUACUUUCAAACCUUCCCUGUUCCAGCAUGUGGGGCUGCACUCCUCUCUUCCUGGCAAAAUACAGAAGCUAAAAGAUAAAGACUUUGGAAAGCAAGUUCUAUACAAAGCCCAUUCAAACCCUGCAGCUCUGCUGAAGAGCAGUCUGAUCCAUUACCAGAAGUACUCGCUGGACAGUGCAUACAUGGGGAAAGGCUUCUUCUGGGCUCUCACUCCAGUCAGAGGAGACUAUAUCCUCAUUACCUUCACCAAGCCUCAGACUGUCAAAAGCUACCUAUUUCGAAGUGGAAAUAUUGAGACGAAUGGAGAUAAGUUUUACAAUACCACAGUGGAGGUGCUGCCUAGUGACGUCUCUGUGAGACAGCAGGUGGAGAAUCGUCUGCUGCCAUGCUGCAGACCUUCCACUGAUGGCUUUGCAGUGAUAAGCUCCUUCGUGAAUGGAGUAGCAGAAGGAGUGAUCGACACAGCGCUGCACGAGUUAGAUGCCAUGCGUCUUCUUGUUCAUUCUGAUUCAGAUGUCUGGGUCCUGCUCAGUGAGAUCUACAUUAAAGUUUGAUGAGUGGUGAAGUGGGAAGGAAGACAACAGAACGAUCAUCAUGACUUUGUGGUUCCUUACUAUGCAACAGCAUAACCUGCUGGUCAGGAAGCCUCUGUUAAGGACACUCCUCUGCACAGAAGUGCACUGUCUGUGGGCCCUCCUCCGUAUAAUGCAUAUAACAGCUGAUGUUUUUAAGAUUUUUGUGGAUUCACUUUUCCUGAAGGUGUGUGGAUGAUAUAUAGGCAGAUAUUUUGCUAACACCAGCAAGGUUUUGUCUGUGGACUGAACCUGUUAUUGAGUGACUGGUUAUAGCAACUCCAUGUGUGAACUCCUGUGUGAUUUAUUCAAUCUCAGAAUAUCCAUUCAAAUCUCUAAAGGUAAUGCAGAGAUUCAGGGGAACCCAAGUGUUGCACAUUUUUUAAUUUCCCUGCUCAAAUUCACCUACCUCAGCACAUGAAGGGCUCAAGAAUUGAAUGAGGAGUUAAGUCAGCCAUUUUAGUGCUGUUUUAUACAGUACAGUGCUCCAGGCCCAGAAUGUUGAACCACUCUAUGUUGUUGAAAACAGACAGAUGUGCUUUAACAGACUUCAUAUUUUCAUACCUUCAAAUAUUCAAUGUUACCCUAACAGUGAACACACAUCCACAGAAAACCAUUUGUUAUUUAUUUUUUAAAUUAUGAUUAAUUUGGUACAAAAGUGUUUUUUUCUUGUGCAAUGUCCUUAAAACAUAGAUGUACAACUGAGUUAAGAAAUACACCUCUUAAGAGGCUCCCAGGCGAUGUUGUAAAUGACGUCUUGCAAAUCUUGUCUGAAAAGUUACUUUGCCAAGUUUACCAAGUCUUUUCUUGAUAAAUGCUUCCUUAUCUGUCCUGCUAAGCACAGGAAGCCCUGCAGAAGAGUGAAACAGGUAUACAAGUGGACAUGUAUUGAGAGACACUUAGCUGCUGUUAGGGAAGGGGUGUAGGAAAGGCUACUGUGGCAACUUGAGUCCUUGAGUCACUGAUGUUAGCAGACAGAUGCAAACACCUGACCUCAUUCAUCCAUGAUGUGCUACGUAGCUCUAAACUUCUGUGUCAAACUCCUCUAGGGAGAGCCAUGGUACUACUCACAUUUAGUGGCAACCCCGUUGUUACACAGAACUUGUUUACAUAGAAUAUGGAAUCAUAAUCCUAAACACCUCUCAUAAUCAGAAUAUCCUGAAAACAUUAAAGUAC